UUCACAAACCCCAUUACAAAAUACCACUAAAAUCUCUCUCUCUCUCUCUCUCAAUAAAUAAAUAAAAAACAAUCCUUUUCUUUUUCACAAACCCCAUUACAAAAUACCACUAAAUAUCAUACUCCCACUUCUCUUUCUCUCUCUCCUACACACACACACCAAUCUCUCUCUCUCCUCAUCUAAUUUCCAUUGAGUUUUCUACACUCAUUUCUUGCCCUCACCUCUCUACUACCAUACAAAUAACACAUUAAUUAUAUAUAGGUAUCUUACUCAAAUACACACACAUAUAUAAAUACACACACCCUCUCCCUUCCUCUCUCUCCCUCAAUUCUUGAUCUUUCAGCUAGGUGCAAUCCAGCUUAAUUGCUCAGAGCCCUUCUGUUUAAUUUAUUUUUCUAGUGAGGAAAAGUGAAAGAAAGAAAGCCUCAUCUUCUCCGGCGAUUCGAUCCGGCUAAGAUGUCAAUGGAAUUGACCGCUGAGCCUGUUUGUUAUGUUAACUGCAACUACUGCAACACCAUUUUGGCGGUUAAUGUUCCAUUUGGGAGCAUGUUUACUAUUGUCACUGUGAGAUGUGGGCAUUGCUCAAAUUUGCUCUCAGUCAACAUGGGAGCUUUGCUUCAGUCUGUUCACCUCCAAGAUUUCCAGAAACAGCAAUCCUUUGCCGCCUCAGCUGCAGCCGCCUUAGACGACGUCGCCACCAGAGACAACGGCUCCUCUUCCAAGUACAACAGAUCAUACAGCCCCCUCGACAUCGAACAACCUAAGAUGGCUCCAAUACGCCCACCGGAGAAAAGACAACGUGUUCCAUCAGCCUACAAUCGUUUCAUAAAAGAGGAAAUUCAGAGGAUUAAAGCAAGCAAUCCUGAGAUUAGCCACCGUGAAGCCUUUAGCACAGCUGCAAAGAACUGGGCACAUUUUCCUCAUAUUCAUUUCGGGUUAAAGAUGGAAAGCAACAAACAAGCAAAGAUGGAUCAUCCUGUUGCAGCAGGAGAAGCCACAGCUCAACAAUCUCUUGGUGUUUAGAUUGGUUAAUUUUGCAAAAUAAGGUUAAAAAAAUGCAUAUUUCCAUCCCAAAAGGUAUGAAGAUCGUGGUGGAUUGAUCCCUCUAUAUAUAUACUAUUAAGUCAUAAGAAUUGUUAUAAUUCAUAAAAUAACUGAAAUAUUAUGAGGGGUUCUACACCAUAUAUCUUCAACUCGAGGGUUGCAAAGAUGCAAUUUUUUAUUUUCCCAUGAAAAUGAUUUAGUAGGAAAAUUCCAAAUAUUUGAAGCCAAACAUGAUAAUAUAUAUGUAUAUGUCUAAGUCUAAGUCAUUAUUGCCGUUGUUAACUGUUUUUGAUAUAUGAGAUUGAAUUCUUGAAUUUAUAUAAAUGUUCAUUUGUUGCA